AUGGUCAAGCGAUCACGCGAGUCAUCGGUCCUGUCCUCCAGCAGCGACACCGCCAGUUCUGUGGCCGAGGAAUCUCAAUCUCCUCGUCCUGCAAAACUCAGUGCUGUAGCCACAGUCGCCGACCUGCCAGCCAAACCUGUCAUGCAGUGCUCUCUGCCGCCUCACCGGGAAACCCUGGACUUUGCUUCUAUCGAAGAUUUCGAGGUGCAUUAUGCCAAAGACCAUUCCAAUCGUUGUACCUCAUGCGGUAAAAACUUCCCCACUGCUCACUUCCUAGCUUUGCACAUCGACGAGAACCACAAUACCUUUCGCGAGGCUCUACAAGCCAAAGGUGAGAAGACAUAUGCUUGCUUUGUCGAGGACUGUGACAGAAAGUGUUCGACUCCGCAGAAACGACGUCUCCAUCUGAUUGACAAACACCUGUUCCCCAAGAUCUACAACUUUCGCAUUGUGGAUACUGGCAUUGACAAGUCGACCUCCAUGCUCCAUGAAAGUCGCCGCAGGAGAGUGUCAACCACUACCGAUCAAGCCACCUCCAGCAGCAGCCAUCGACGACAGCACUCCAGAACGGAUAACAAGAAAUGUUCCGCCGUCGUCGCACCGGGAAAGGGCAAAGAUCAGGAGAGAAAAGGAGGCCCAAAUCUUGACUUCAACAAGAAUGUCUCGGAUGCAGCCAUCAAUGAGCUCGAAUCAUCUCUGUCCGCCUUACGAUUUGUGCCACCCAGUGUUGCCAAUAGGCAGAAAAACAAGCAACACAAUGUGUGA